AUGAAAACAUCUGGCUCACCUUCUCCUCUUGACCAAAUCUCCAUUAUUUGUUUUAAACGCUGUCCAUACCUCCGAACAUAUCUAGUAGAACUAAUCCAAGCAGUGUGGCUUUCUGGAACUGUUCCUGACGAAUGGAAGAAAGCUUGCACAAUACUAAUCCACAAGAAAGGCGAUACUAAUCUCCCCGAGAACUUUCGACCAAUAACCCUUCAAUCUGUACCACUGAAAGUAUUUACUUCAAGUCUCCGUAAUGCUAUGUUCGCUUACCUACUUGCGAAUAACUUUAUUGAACACAAGAUACAAAAAGGAUUCACCCCCCAUAUCUCAGGAACAUUUGAACACACGGCACAAAUGGCAUAUAUGAUCAAUCAAGCACGAAUUAGACAGCGAUCCUUAGUUAUAACCCUCCUUGACCUCAAGAAUGCUUUCGGUGAAGUACAUCACAAUCUAAUUCAAUCGGUUCUCGGCUAUCAUCACAUACCUAAACACAUUCAAUUCAUGAUUAAAAGCCUCUACACAAAUUUUAAAACAUCAAUCAUCACAUCUGAUCUCAACACCCCGUUUCUACUAGUUGGUCGUGGAGUUUUGCAGGGAGAUUGUCUUAGUCCAUUGUUGUUUAACCUUUGUUUCAACACUUUUGUCCAGCACAUAAAAUCCGAAAAAUAUCAACAGUUUGGUUUUUCAUAUAAACUCUUGAACCCAAUCCACUGGUUCCAAUUUGCUGAUGACGCAGCCGUGAUUACCGGUCAAGAAUCUGAAAAUCAGCAUUUAUUAAACCGAUUUGCAAUUUGGUGUCAAUGGGCUGACAUGAUUGUCCGAGUGGAUAAAUGCAGCACAUUUGGCAUUAAAAUGGCUCUCACAAAAUCUGUUCAAUACCUCCAUAAACUUCUUAUUAACAACGCCGUUAUUCCAUCUAUUGAACUCGGUAAAUCAUUCUGCUAUUUAGGAAGAUAUUUUGAUUAUUAA